CGAUUUUAGUGAUCUGCUUUCGUUUUAUAAGUCUAAACCUCAAUGUUGUUUAAAAACUUAUUUGAUUUAAUAGUAACAAUAAUACUGGCGCAUAGAUUUGUCUAAGGAUUCUUUGAAUACACACACACAAAAAUCAUUCUAAUCGGGACGUGUUAGUCUGGUGGUGAAUGGCUUGCAGCUGCAAGUACGGCCCUGGAUUAGACUAGUAUCGGCCACCGAAGUUUUUCACAUAUGUUUUUUUGCUCGAGAAGAACAAUAUGUGGUAUGAGGCUCGUCCUCGUCAAAGGUCCUAAACUUACUAUAAGUGUGGCCAGGAAACACCUAGUAAAUAUCAAAAGAUCACUUCAUCUUCUACUCAGUGAAGAGGACACGAGGAUCGUACUUGCGGGAACUCAAGCUUCUCAAGAAGUCCCUUGCUAUACUCUUCACUGACCCAGGCCCAUUUGAGCAAAUGAGCAGUCAUACAAGCUGACCCGGUCUUAAUCCGGAUACCCGAUUAUUCAUUUUAUUUUUCCAAAGACGGAAAGAAAGAAAAACAGAAGAGCUUCUAAUAAGAAGAAAAAGAAGAGGACGACGACGACGACGACGUUCACGAACCCUAAAAUUCCAGGGAAGACGAUUAUUACUCGGAUCAAAUCAAAGAUAUCAGGAGAGAGAGAGAGAUUCAAUGAAGCUCCUUUAUAAGUACCAAAAGCGGUCAGGUGUCUCGUCUAGAUCUGCUCGAGAAGGAGAAGAACGAGCUGUUAUCAGCGGAGAAGAAGAUAGGAUAAGCGUAUUGCCUGACCCGUUGUUAUGUCACAUACUUAGCUUUCUCACCACUGAGCAAGCGGUUUGGACAAGCGUUUUGUCCUCUAGAUGGAGAUACCUCUGGAAAUGGGUUCCUAGGUUAGAACUAGACAGCUUUGAUUUCACUAACGACAAGGUCUGUGUUGAUUUCAUCGACAAGUUUCUUGCUUUCCAAGGCAAGUCCUACUUGCGUGAGUUCAAGUUAACCAUUGACCAUGAUGUCUCCAACAGUAAUCUUUCUCUUUACGGGCCGUGUCUCGGUAGAGUGGUUGAUAUGCGGAAGCUUGAACGUUUCCAAGUCGAGAAUGAGUUUGAACAUGGUGGCAUUGUUUACAUCCGGUUUACUCUUUCUGCGUCUGAGGCAUUGGUCUCCUUAAAGCUCCAUUCCGUUUGGUUGAAUGGUUUUAAGUCUCUUUCCUUUCCCUCUCUCAAGAUCAUGUUCCUGGAAGACGUUGGUCUUCCUAGCGAUGCGGCUGCAGAGGAGUUGAUCUCCUGCUCUCCUGUUCUACAAGUUUUGAAAAUAUGCCUUUGUAAAUAUGAUUCUGUGGUAGCUUUACGUGUCUGCUCACUGUCGUUAAAGAGCUUCACUUUGAAACGAAUGGAGCCUCGUUAUUCUCGUGGACAUUCUGUGUUGAUUGAUGCCCCGAAGCUCGGGUGUCUGAGUCUCACGGAUUACUACCAUUUCAGCAGCUUUGAGAUAACCAGUGUGGCUGACUCUUUCAAGGUUGAUAUCGAUGUCGAGUUUGAGCUAAUGAGUGAUUACUUGAUGGAAAUGAAGAUCAUCUACAAUCUUCUCAAGAAUUUUUCAGGUGUUACAAAAAUGACCAUAUCUUGGAAAACUCUGGAGUUUAUAUAUAGUUUCCAUCAGACGAACCCAGUCCCCAAAUUUCAUGACUUGACUUGUUUGCGUGCCAUUAUGUGUUUAAACGCAUCCCCUAAACUAUUGCCAAUCGUUCUUGAGAGCUGCCCCAAUCUGAAACACUUGACAUUGUUGUUAAUUCAUUAUCCAGAAGUGAUAGCUAGACUCUCCACUGUGCUGUCUCGUUGUUUGGUGUCGUCUCUUGAAUCUGUUGAAAUGGAAUGCCCGGUCACGGAGAUAGCUACUGAACUGGAUUUGGCUAGAUACUUUAUGAAGAAUUCUACAACACUCAAGAAGCUCGUACUACGUUUGAAUCAGUCUUCUACUGGAGAGAAACACAGGCCUGGUGUCUUGGACCAACUCAUUGAAUCUCCAAGACUCUCUAGUUUGUGUCAGUUCGAAGUUAUUCCAGUGGUUCCAAUCUCAGAAUCAUUUGUGUGAGGUACUACUGGUAUGGCUUAAGACUCCAUUUGGUUUGGUUGAAUGAUUUUGAGUAUCU